AGUGGGUCUUUUAACGGCUUGGGCAGCCCAUGCAGAUCGCCAGCCCUGAACGCUUUGCCUGGCUCUGCAGUCAGCAUGCAGCAGCCACCAUCGUCAGGACCCGUGGCUCCUUCUGCAGAGCCCACCAAGCCCCCUUACAGCUACAUAGCCCUGAUUGCCAUGGCUAUCCAGAGUUCACCGGGUCAGCGGGCCACCCUCAGUGGCAUCUACGGCUACAUCAUGGGCCGCUUCGCCUUUUACCGGCACAACCGGCCAGGCUGGCAGAACAGCAUCCGCCAUAACCUGUCCCUCAAUGAGUGCUUCGUCAAGGUACCUCGCGACGACCGCAAGCCAGGCAAGGGCAGCUACUGGACCCUGGACCCCGACUGCCAUGACAUGUUCCAGCAUGGCAGCUUCCUUCGCCGCCGCAGACGCUUCACCAAGCGCACAGGUGCCCAGGGCACCAAGGGUCCUAUCAAGGCAGACCCCAGGCCUCUCAGAACCACCAGCCCGGACCCAGGCGCCCCCAACACCACUACCGGCAAGUUGUGUCCAUUCCCACCAGAGGUGCCAAACCCCAAGGGCCUAAGCUUUGGCGGUCUGAUGGGGUCUUUGCCAGCCAGCGUAUGUCCAGCAACCAGUGAUGCCAGGCCCCAGUUGCCCACUGGACCCAAAGAGAUGUGCUCACCCAAAUCUGCAGGCCCAAGAGAGCUCACCUCGCCCUCCCCAUGCCCAGCAUUCGGCUUUUCUGCUGCCUUCUCUGAAGCGGAGAGUCUCAGCAAGGCCUCCACAUCUGGUGUGGCCCCUGAGGGCAUGGGGAGCAGCUACCAGUGCAGGAUGCAGGCGCUGAAUUUCUGUGUGGGGACUGACCCCGGCCUUGAACAUCUCUUGGCCUCGGCAGUUCCCACCCCCGCACCUUCGACUCCUUCAGCCUCUCACCGGGCCCCACUGCCCCUGCCAGCUGACUCCAAGGAACCCUGGGUGGCUGGAAACUUCCCUAUCCAGGGAGGUUCUGGGUACCCUCUGGGGCUACCUCCUUGUCUUUACCGGACCCCAGGAAUGUUCUUCUUCGAGUCCCCUGGGGCUGCAGAGGAAGUUGUCCUGCUGGCUGGCCUGACUGAACUGUCUGGUUCCCACAGACUCCAGAACUGAGGUGGAGGGGGAGCUGAGGGGCGCAAGCUUGGUAUGACUAGAAGGAGGACGACCCUGGAAGUUGAAGAAGAAAGAAGAGCUAAGGCUGUGAGCAAGUUAUGGAGGCGGAAUCAGAGCCGUGUGUGGUGGGGCACACCUUUAAUCCCAACACUCAGGAGCAGAGGCAAGCGGGUCUC